ACGGCUGUGUCUUCGAAAGCUACAGGGUCACGUGAGGAUCACACGACAACAUAAAAUUGCUGAUUCAGCAAACGUUUGCUUCGUCAUUGCACAAACACGACGAGAAGAUUUCGAGAAGGUCUUGUGUGUUGUGCAGACUGAGAGUCCUGUGUAUUACUUCCCUGGAUACCACAGUUAACAGACUGUGUGGCAAGACGGGAGAGAUGGAGAUGCCUGGUGAUAAUGGACAGCCGUCUACUGGAGCGAGCGGCGCUCCUCUCGCCAGUACUACUCGUCUCCCUCCCCUCUACUACGGCCCUGGAGGUGGAGUAGUUGAUGGUUUUCCCUGCGGCCUGUCGUCUCUCACUGGCCUUCCUAAUGAAUCCCCUUCAUUCUUCCUCCCUCCUCACCACUUACACCUCUCACACCAUUACCCACUCCCAUCUUCCUCAUCCUCACCCUUCACACAUCGACCUGGAGCCCCUCCCACUUUCAAUGACCACACCCUCUUUGGACAGCAAGCCAUGCCUAUGCUCACUAGCCACACCCACUUGGCCUCACCUAAUAGAAUCAUGUCUAAUGAAUCGCUUCGAAACCACAACCUCCAAUUCAUACCCGAAACUCCACCCACCCUCACAAACUAUUCCCACCGUCUUUUCCCUCACCAUCAGUCUCCGCCCACUAAUCAACUAAGCCACGCCCUCAAUCAUCGUCAAUGCCAACCAGCAAACUUGUUCAGAACAGUCGCUAUGACCACCCCUUCGUUAGUCGGGCAAUCAACGUCGUCGGGGAACGGAGAUGGAAUGUCUGUGUUGUCAUGGGAACGUGAAACACAAGAAGGGGCCACCCCUGGCUUAUUAAGUCAGUCAAGUAGUGAUAGCGCAGCAAAUGGUGUGAGAAAUAGCCCGGGAAAAAGACGGUUUGCCUCCACUGAAGAACAGUACAGCUCAGAAUCUUACUCUCCUUUAGCUCCGAACAGGACAAUUUUCAAAGCUCCACGUCUGGAGGAUUGCGGCAGAUCCGCCCUGCAUGCCCCUGUAAUCAGGGGCUCGUUUCAGAAUGCCCACGAUUCCAUACCUCAUUCCGGUGAGACGAUAGGGACGAGGGGAACGCAGGACAGCAGAAUCCUAUCAGAUACACUACUGCAACCACCUUCGCUAAUUUCAUCUUCAUCAUCAUCUGGGAAUCCUGCUAGAGACGAUGUGAACAGUGAUGUUGCAAGAGUUAGCUUCAAUCUCAGACUGCCGCGCUACUCCGGUGGAGCCACGCCCACUUCCAAUGUUGCCAGUAGCAACCAGACGGCAUCAAUGUUGCCGGGGGCAACAGGGGGCAAGCGACAAAAUGAAUCCGUAUUAUUCGGCGAUCACGAAACUGGUGGCAUCGGAACCUUCACGUUGUUUGAGCAUCCUUCUCUUUCCGUCGACUUACCCCAAUCAAUGCCCACCAUUACAUCAUCGUCGGCAACGGCAGCUCCUACCUCAUGUGAUCAGACAGUGCCUCAUCACUGCACCUCGUCGUCGUCGGUGGUUGCCCCGGCAACCCAAACGAGGGGGCGUGGUUUCUCGUUGAGUGUGGAGAUCAGUGGUAGCAGUGAUCGAGUGGAUAGUAUCGAUUUGAACCUUGACACAUCAUCAGAAUGUGCUGUUACUUCAUCGUCCAUUCCCUACAACCCUCCCUUCUCUCCCCCUCCCCCUCCUCCUCCUCCCCCUAUCUCUGUCUCUUCUACACUUUCCCUCUCUCCCUCUCCCCCUCACCCCGCCUCCUCGCCUCCCGCAGCGAAUGGCCUGAGGUCUGAACCUGGCACCAGUGGUCUUGGCAGAGAAGAAAUCAUCAACGUAGACAGCAGUGAUGAUGAAGAUGAUCAUCACGUAAUUAUGUUCACUCGCGAGCCUGACAACCGUCGUCUUGGCAACACCACCCGUCGUCGCGAUGCCACGCAAAUGUCGCAAGACGAGCGAGUGGCUCGUCACCUCCAGGCCCAGUUUGACAGAGAACUGGACGUCUCAGCUGUCACUCACCCCUCCUCCUCCUCCUCCUCCUCUCACAGGAGACUGUUUGGUGAGCUGAGAGGUCAACGGAGGUCACAGGCCGACAGCAAUCUGUGGUCAUCGCGAGGGUACCCGUCUGGCGUAAUUCCUUCUCUCCCUCUCCAAACCACUACUACUCCUGGAUCCGUCUGUCCUCCUACCAGCACCAGCAACUACAGAGCACUGGCGUCCCACAUCCACCACAUUACUCCAUCUGAUGCCCACCGUCUACUUCAGGUGGCUUCUCACUCUGGCCACGCCCCCUCAGUGGGUGGGGCCUUCUCUGGCCACACCUCCUCGGUGGGCGGGGCCAGAAGACGUCCUCUACAGCUACGUUCAAGCCCUACCGUCAUUUUCAAUGCCAUUAUGGGAAGCCACACCUCCUAUGAGGAGUUACUGGAACUGGCAGAGAGACUGGGUCCUGCCCAGCCACGGGGCCUCUCCAGAGAUGAAAUCAGUAGGCUCCCGUCAAGAACUCAUCGUAAGAAAGACGGAGACGACAAGAGUUGUGUGGUGUGUAUGAGUGAGUUCCAGAUGAGGGAGAAGAUAAGAACCCUCAGACCUUGUCGCCAUGACUUCCACCAGAAGUGUAUCGACAGAUGGCUCAAGGAACACAACACAUGUCCAAUAUGUAGAGAAACUGUGACGACAAUUUCAUCUUAAAUUGUUACGUAACACUCUGUAGCAACUGUUCUUUGUUUUCUCAACUCAAAUUAAUAUUGUUGUCUACAAUAAUCAUUAAUUUAUACAAAAAUCAGCAAAAUCACUGUGUAACAAUACACUUCAACACAACUACCCUAACAAUACACUCUUCAACAACAUCUACUACGUGA